UGAUGUUACUAAUUCAAUUUGUCUUGCACAAAUGACUACACAUUUAUUUUGGGAUCCAACACUGUAUAAAAGUAAUUUGCCUGAUGACGCGUGAUGACGCGUGAGUGGAGAAGGAGCUGCCCGGUGUUCACUAGCACACGGUGCUGCGCGGUGAAACACCGCUUCCCAUUCAUUUUCAAUGGAAAGAAAGCGGAAAGAAAGCGGUGAGAGGCGGAGAAGGCGGGGGACCUUCGGGCGGUGCGAAGGUGGCGUGGGAGGCGGUGAAAAAUAUGAACUUUUUCCAACUUUAUGCAAAUCACUAGCGGUGUCCGCUGGACGAUGACCAAUCAUAUCGAGUGGUUCCCAUGACGAAUUUGACUCCACGUGACCCAAGGCUGGAGACUUUCCUCAGCAAAGAUGGCUGACAAAAACACUAGGUAGGAAGCAAAUGGACUCCUGAAACAACCAGAAAACCAGGCUGUCGUCUUGGGAAACAGUUGAUAUAAAGAAUCUAGCUAGCUAAAGCAUUUACUGGAAAUUUAAUGUACAAUUUUGUAUGCUUGCCUUGCUGAUAUUUGCCAUGCAAUGCAGAUAGAUGAAAUAACGCAGCUAGCUAUGUUCUUGCUUAUUGUGCAGUGGAGGAUAAAAAAAUACCUGUAUGCCUAUGGAUGUGUAGCUAGUUAUGUAGCUGAUCUGUGUAUGGACCAUAAAACAUUUGGUAUACAUAUUAGUUCAGAACCUAGCUAUGAACCUGAGCUAUCAUAGCCAGUUGAAUCAACUUCAAAGCAGUCUGAAUGACAUUAAUGAAGCCUAUGGAUUACCAAAGUCUAAUGGUUUUAAAUGACUGUUUUGUAUUGUCUGGAAACUCACUUGUAGAAUUCGCUUGCAGUAGGUCUCUUAAAAAAGAGAAGCCGUGCAAGGUUAUUAAACAGAGGUGCCUAGUUAUGCAACCUAACCCUGGCCCUGAUAUGCAAUGUCUCCAAACCCCCUUUGAUUUUAAAUCAAGAUCUGGUUUUGGUAUUUUUUUUGGUUGUCAAAAAUUGUUGGGGCUAUGAUUUGGGCUAAAUCAACUGAUGCUGAUGUAAUUGUGUUUUCUGAAACCUGGCUCAGCAAGUCUGUUUUUGAUAAGGAUAUUUGUAUAAGUGGUUACAAUGUUUAUCAUACUGAUCGAGUUAAGAAAUGUGUGGCUAUAUAUGUGGCUAUAUAUGUAAAAACUAAAUUCCCUGUAAGUGUUGCAAAGUCUGAAACUAUUUGUAAACAGUUGGAAUUUCUUGCUUUGAAUAUUGAGGUUUCAAAGGGUCUCUCUAUAACUGUGAUUGGCUGUUAUAGACCCCCCUCUGCUCUCAGUGAUGCAUUUUCUUCUCUGAUGAACCUUACUUCACUUCUUUACAGUGAAAUGAUCUUGAUUGGUGAUCUCAGCUGGUGUUGGUUAAAGUCGGUGUCUGAUGAUUUAAAAAUGUUUUGUAAUUCUAUGAAUCUUACCAAGUUGAUUAACUCACCCACUCGCACAAAUCUUAAAUGCCCAGAAAAAUCUACCCUGAUUGAUUUGAUAUUGACAAAUGUUCCACGGAAAUAUUCUGUGGUUGGUGUUUUUUGUAAUGAUUUAAGUGACCAUUGUGCUGUUGUUGCUGUUAGAAAUAGUAAGGUUCCUAAGACAAACCCAUGUUUUUUUCAUAAGAGAAAUUUGAAGUGUUUUAAUGAGCAGGCUUUCUUUCAUGAUUUGUUUUAUUUUGACUGGAGUGAGAUUGAGCUUAUCCCUGAUGUGGAAACUGCCUGGAUAAUUUUUCAUGAUGCUUUUCCCCAAAUAGUAAACAAACAUGCCCCAUUCCGCAGGUUCAGGGUUAAAGGGCGGGAUAAUCCAUGGUUUUCUUCUGAGCUGUCUUGUAUUAUUCACAACCGUAAUCUAGCCUGGGCUAAAGCAAGGAAAUCAUGUUCCGAUGCUGAUUGUCUUAUUUUUAGGCAGUUACGAAACAAGUGUUCUUUUCUUCUCAGGAAGGCCAAGUCUGAAUAUUUGAUGUCUGUUACCACUGAUAUCCUGAAUGACCCUAGAAAGUUUUGUAAGGCUAUUAAGUCUAUGUCUGGUAACAGUAAUGUUAAUUAAUUAUCAUCAUGUGUAUUGAAGGACUUUCUUGCUGUAUAUGACAAAACUGAAAUACUGAAUUGUUUCAAUGAGCACUUUGUAUAAUCUGGUAGGCUGUUUGAUUCAGUGUCUUCUGUCUCAACCCUGUGUGGAUGAAACAGUGAGAGCUGGUCAAACUUUUAGCUUUUUGGCAUUCUCAGUGCAGGUGGUACAUAAAGCCCUAAAAUCCUUAGAUCAGAGAAAGCGUGCAGGUCCUGAUCUUUUGUAUCCCUGCUUUUUAAAUCUGGCAGCUGAUUUCAUAGCUGAACCACUUACAUAUCUGUUCAAUCUAACCCUGGAAUGUAAUGAAAUUCCAAAGAUCUGGAAAUCAGCAUUUGUCCUACCACUUUUAAAAGGGGGAGAUCCAACUCUUUUAAAUAAUUAUAGGCCAAUCUCAAAGCUGUCACCCCUGGUGAAAAUACUUGAAACCCUUGUGAGUGAACAGCUAAAAUAGUUUUUAUUUACUAACUCUAUUUUAUCAAUGUAUCAAUCAGGCUUCAGGAAGAAGCAGAGCACAAUUACAGCAGCCAUUUAAAUGAUAUCACUGAAGCCCUUGACAAAAAACAGCACUGUGUCUCACUUUUUAUUGAUCUCUCUAAGGCAGAGAUUGUCGAGUGUAGUAGGUCUUUCAGAGCAUGCAGUUGCAUGGUUUGCUAACUAUGUCUGAUAGAACUCAGUGCACUCAAUUUGAUGGGCUCAUGUCUGUUAAAUUGUCUGUCUGUAAUGGUGUGCCCCAAGGCUCUGUACUUGGUCCUCUCUUAUUCACUAUUUAUAUAAAUAAUUUAGACAAAAAUGUCCAAAAUGCGCAACUUCAUUUUUAUGCUGAUGAUACUGUUAUUUACUGUUGUGCCUCGUCUCUUACAAAAGCUUUCCAGAACUUGCAAAAUGCUUUUUAUACUGUUCAUCAUACCUUGUGUCAAUUGAAGCUUAUCCUCAAUACUGACAAAACUAAAUUAAUGGUGUUUUCUAAAGAAAUAAAUAGACCUCUGAACUUUUCACCUAUUGUUACCUGUCAGGGCAUUGAGAUUGAGACUGUAACCUCAUAUAAAUAUAUUGGAAUUUUAAUUGAUGACGACCUCUUUUAAAUCGCAUAUUCAACAACUUACAAAAAAAUUACAGCUGAAAUUGGGGUUUUAUUUUAGGAAUAAGGCCUGUUUUUCUUUUGAAGCCAGAAGGAGGCUGGUAUCAGAUACAUUUAUGCCUUUACUAGACUAUGGGGAUAUUUUAUAUAUGAAUGCUUCCGCUCAGUGUUUGAGAUCAAUUGACACCCUUUACCAUGGCACUUUGAGAUUUAUUAUAAACUGCAAAACCCUUACACAACACUGCACUUUGUAUACCAGGGUUGGCUGGCCUUCUCUAGUCACUCAUAGGCUCAGUCACUGGUAUACUUUUAUUUGCAAAGCCAUUUUGGGUUUACUACCGUUUUAUUUGGGCAUUUUUAUUGUUCAGAAAUGUGGUGGGUACUCUCUUUGUUCGCUGGACUUUAUCCUGCUAACUGUUCCAAAUGUCCGAACUGAAUUUGGUAAAAGCGCUUUUAUGUACUCUGCGCCAUCGUCUUGGAAUGCCUUACAAAAUACUUUUAAACUGGAAGAACUUGUCCCGAUUAAUAUUUUUAAAUCACUGAUGAAUGAUCUUGAGACUGAUUCCCUGACCUGUCAAUAUUUUUAAUUUGCUCUUUUUGAUUUUGUUAUACUCUUGUGAAUUCUAUGGUUUUUACUAGAUUGUUUGUCUGUAAUUUUUGUAAUGACUUGGUGCUGCCUAUCUUGGCCAGGACACUCUUUAAAAAGAGAUUUUAAAUCUCAAUGAGCCCUUCCUGGUUAAAUAAAGGUUUAACAAUAAUAAUAAAAAAAUGGAUUGAGUAGAAUAAAAUAACUUUGUGCCAAAGAUGCAAGUCAUAUAUACAUGUAGUUAAUAUCAUGCAUGAGAUCCCCACAUUGUAGGUUGUACAUUUAAUAUAGUCACUGAUCAUGUACUCUACCUUGGCAAAUAAUGGUGCAGUUCAGGUGUGAAUGUCUGAGAUUAUUUUUAAGUCAUAUCCAAUACCAGGAGUAUCAAAUUCCAGUCCUUGAAUGAUGCUGUGUCUGCAUGUAUGUAUUACAAUUAUACACUUCAACAGUGUUUACCAAUCUUGGUCCUGGGACAUCAAUGGUUACACAUUGUAACUAUGCAAAAGACUAGAAACAUGAUUUAACUAGUUAAAUGCUGAUUUGUAAUUCAUACAUACAGAAAUAUAUAUUU